UUGGAAGACACAUUAGGGUGGGACCAGGAUUAAAACUGAGACACGGUGUUCUGUUAUCGUUUUCGGGAACGGGGCGAGAAGGCAUAUUCUUUUGGAAGGGCUAGGGAAGGCGAAGGGUGGGCGCGUGAGUCCUGGUCGUGCAUGCUUACACAAAAGGGGGGAGAUUGGGAGCAAGAGUUUGGGCUUGGGAGCGUAUUUGUUUGUUUUUGGUUUUCUUCCCUCGCCCUUCCACACACUCGAUUUUUUCCCUUUUUUCUUGUUGUUUCUUUUCGCGGUUCCUGCAUCAACAUUCAGCGAUCCUCGGCACCUGCAUCCUCGACCUUUACUUCGAAUCCGAAAAAAGGACCCCGUCGCGCCGGAUUGCCUCCUCUUAUUUCCCUGAGCAAAGAGGUCGACGACAUGGCAAGACCAAGCAAUAGCGGGUACGGCACACAGGCUGACUUUGUUGAGAAGUCGUUUGCACAUCGUUCGUUUAGUAUUCUUUAUUUGCGUUCUUCCGGGCGGCGAGAUGUUCACUUAAAGGGACGACUCGGGAUGGGGCUGGGCUGCGCUUGUUGCUUGACCGCGACGCAAGGGACUUGCAGUUCCACCAUCAGGAAGUGUUCGACGUUGGUUCUCGGGUGGUAUAUGGGCGGUAUUUGGGCAAGCAGAUCGGCGCAAAAGGGAUGAUGGGCGGGAGGAUAAAGGUCCCAGGAUCAAGAGCUGGGAGCAAUGAGCGGAAUGAAGCUUGCUCGCCCGUGUUAGUUGCCGUCGUCUGUCGCUCGCUGUCAGGCCCGAUCU